CACCCUGACCCCCACCACACCACACCACACUCCACACCACACACGCACACACACACACACACCCACACACCCCGGCCGCGAUGGUCAAGACGUCGGCGCGCGGCUGCGACGCAUGCACGCUGCUGCGCUCCAACCACCUCAGCGUGCGCAUGCGCAUGAGCUGCGCCCACGACACCGACGAGGUGUACGCCGGCGCGUGCCACCUCUGCGCCAACUUUGCCCUCGCCACGCACCCCGACUCGCCGCUGCCGCUGCGCUGCACGACGCUCUUCACGCGCCGCAAGCCCGGCGAGCCCAAGAAGAAGUGCGUGCGCGCCGCCGCCUUCACCACGCACGACGGCGCACGCACCCUCACGCCCGCCGAGGUGCUCGCCGGCGCCGAGGCCAUGAUGGGCCUCAAGCCCGAGCACCGCCGCGAGCUCAUGCUCGUCGACGGCAAGAGCCGCAAGCCCGAGCACGAGAAGCGCAAGCGCAAGCCCAAGGCCGGCGGCGCGCCCGGCGGCGGCGGCGACGGCGCCAGCGGCAGCACGGCGCCGGCGCGCAAGCUCAAGCUCGUCGGCAGCCGCGCACUGCCGCCGGUGCCGGGCGCGCCGCCGUACGACGACGACGAAGAGGAGGAGGAGGACGAGCUGUACGAGUCGGACGGGCACGGCGACGAGAGCGGCGACGCCGACGUCGAGAACAGCCGCUUCGACCCGCUGGCGCUCUACACGACGUCCACUGGCGGCGCCGCCAGCAGCAGCAGUGCAGCAGCGCCCUCGCCGGUGCCGGGCGGCUCGGGCGAGCGCGCGCGGCCGCGCAAACGGGCGCGCAACGAGUCGGGCGCGGCAGACGGCGACGGCCUGCUGCCCCAGGCGCACUCCGAGUCGCCGCCGCCCGACCUCGACGACGAUGCGCCUGCGGCCUUCUUUCCGCGUCCGCUCCCUCCGCAUGUGCCGUCCAAAGCGCCGCUGCCUCUGCUCCUCCGCUACUCGCCCGGGCUCGGCCCCUCGCCGCCGCAGCCGGCCGCCGUGCCAGCACUGUCGCAGGCCGGCGCCGUGCCAGUGCCGCCGGAGCCUGUCGCUGCGCCGGAGCCUGCAGAUGUCGCCACCUCGCCUGCCGCUGCGCUGCCUGCGCCUGGCGCGACAGGUCCGGCGCCCGCAGCUCUGCCGGCGGCGCCGCCAGCGGCCACGGCUGCCGGCGCAGCCUCGGCAAAGCCGCCGCGUGUGCCGUGGAACAAGGGCCUGGGCAAGGGCCGCCGCAGAAAGGACAAGGAUGCCACGCCGCUGCUGCCGCCGGCGCCGCCCGUCGUGACGCAGACGGCAGGCAUGCCGAUCUCUCAUCGCCGCGCGCCAGAAGGCGAGCCCCACUCCCUCAUGUCGCGGCCGCGCGGCCAAGUGUCAUUCGAGCAGCUGCGCGUGCAUUACGGCGUGGGCGGCGACAGGUCGUUCUUCUAUGCGCCUCUCAAGCGCCUGUGGGUGCAGGAGAACGACAACCGCUUCGAGCUCGCCCCCAAGCAGGAGUUCCUCGACGACGAAUGGUGGCCCGAGGGCCCGGCGGCCUGCACGCUGUCGCCGUCUGACUGGCAGGAGUUCAUUGAAGGAGAGGCGCCGGCGCUGCCAAAGAUCAUCCGCGGCACCGGCGAUGGCAAGGCGCUCUGCGCGACGGCGCUCAAGACGCUCAAUGUCCGACUGCACAUCAAAGACGUGCCGCCGGGCCGCUGGUACCCGUUCGUGCUGACGGACUUUUUCGAGCCGCGCAUGAAGGAUGAUCGCCGUGCGAACCCGCUGGGCUAUCCCGUGCGCAAGGGCGACGACGAGACGCGCAGACCAAAGGGCAUCGUGUGGCCGGCGGACCCGUCGGGCCUGUCGCUGCGGCUGGGCAUUCCGCGCGCCAAGGAGCCGAGAAAGAGCAUGCUGCCGCUGCGCGAGUGGGACGCGUACUCGGCCUGGUGGCAGCCGCUCUACGCGGACGUCGAGACGCCGCACUAUCUGCCUGAUCGCGUCGAGGGCCGCGGUGCCAAGCGCAAGACGGUCCGCGAGAUCGACGAGAUCCGCCGGCACGACACGGACAACUACUCGUACCUCGGCGAGGGCGAGUACAACGAGCGCGUCGGGCUGGGCUGGUACCCGUUCGGCUGGAGCCCGCCGACAUGGCAGGACAGAACGUACCAGCGGCCCGGCGAGCCCAUUGAGCUCAAGGAGACGAGCGAUCUGCUGCUCGUGCUGAGCAAGCAGGUUGCCGGCGGCUUCUUCGGCGGCUUCCGCAUCGGCGGCGCCGGUCUCGUUGGCGAGGGCGAUGCCGACGAUAAGGAGCGCGCAGACGAGCAGCAGAUGGCGCGCCGCGCCAAGCGCGCAGCCGCACGGGGGGAUUGCGAGCCCGACAAUCCCUACCUCGACUCCGACUAUGAGUACAGCGGCUCUGACCCCGAGUCUUCCACCGACGUAGACGACGGUGCCGACGAGGAAGCAGCCGACGAGCCGCGCGCUCGCCCGGCCGUGCCUGAGCCUGAGAAGAGCGACCAGGCUGCGGCGACCAGCGACCAGGCUGCCGCGCCGGCGAGCGACAAGGGCGCCGCGCCAGCAAGCGACAAGGGCGCCGCGCAAGGUGCAGCAAGUGACGAGGUCGCCGCUGCACUCGAUGCCAGCGCCUCAAUCCCACCGCCCGCCAAGACUCCGGCUCCACUGGCUGCCAGCAGCCCAUCCGCCGCGCCCGCUGGCGCUGCACCCGCCCAGAACGGCUCCGGCGCCGACGAUGCGCGUGCACACGACCCCAUCUCCGCCAAGCUCGCCGAGGCGGCAGAGGGUGCAGCUGGGCCCGGCACACCCGCCGGCACGCCGAGUGCUGCGCCCGCCGGCGCCGCUGCCAAAACCAACUCUGCCGCCACGCCGCCCAUGACUGCGGCGCCGGCGUAGCCCUGUGCUCUUCCAUCACUUCAGCCUCGAGCCAGCAAGGCUCUCGCGCCGAAAGCACUCGCACAUCCCGCGGGCAAGGCUCCACAUUCGCGUGUCCACACACACACACACUCUACAUGUACAGUACAAAAAUUGAUGAUACCACAGCUGC